GUGGUGUCCUUCGGCUCCUUUCACUCGCACUGACACGCAUUCAACGACCAGCGAGGCUUCUAUUCGCCUUCUCUUCCCCCAAGACGUGCUGGUUCACAUUUUCAGGGCCAGCGUGUCUGGUUUAUGAUCGGCCGUUUGGUGAAUAACGUCGCGCAGAGGGUGCCGAGCCUUUUGUACCAGGUGUGUAUGAUGAAGAAGCCGCAGGUUGUGUUCGUGCUGGGCGGGCCUGGCGCCGGCAAAGGGACCCAAUGCGCCAAAAUCGUCGAGAACUACAACUACACUCAUCUGUCAGCUGGAGACCUACUGAGGGCAGAGCGGGCCAGAGAGGGAUCGGAGUUUGGAGUUCUCAUCGCCAACUUCAUCAAGGAAGGCAAAAUUGUCCCUGUGGAGAUCACCAUCAACUUACUUAGAAUGGCAAUGGAAGAGACCAUGAAUAAAGAUGAACAAAAGUUCAGCUUCCUCAUAGAUGGCUUCCCCCGCAAUGAGGACAACCUUCAGGGUUGGAACAAUGUCAUGGAUGGAAAAGCAGAUGUCAAGUUUGUGCUUUUCUUUGACUGCAGCAAUGAGGUUUGCAUCAACAGAUGUUUAGAACGAGGGAAGAAUAGCAGGCGCACAGAUGACAACAGAGAAAGCUUGGAGAAACGAAUCCAAACGUACCUGCAGUCCACACGACCGAUUAUUGAGCUGUACGAGAAGCAAGGCAAGGUUCGCUGUGUGGAUGCCUCUCACUCUGUGAAUGAGCAAACAACUCUAACGUAUGGACAAGUCUUGGUCAACGAAGCCCUCCAUCAAGCUAUCGUCAAGAAAUAUCACAUCUCUUUCUUUUUGUGUACCACAGUCUUAAUUUUGAAUUUCUCCAGAUGGAACAGCUGAGGAUGAAGAUGCAUGCGGGACACCCGGUGAGGACAUGCAAUAACUAACCAAGCGAACAAGGGAGGACAGAAAAGGGCAGGACAUAAUGUGGGAAAAUGAGCAAGGCAGUGCUACUGACGAGUGGUGCGGUGGGAUUCUUUUUGAGUGUCUAAACACCUGUAAGUACCUGUGAGUUGAUCUGCUAGUAUAACCUGUGUUGUUCUUGAUGAUCCCAACACAAGUAAUUGAAGCCUAUAGUGUGACUAUCGAAGUUAUUAAUGAAUGAACACCACAUCGCAUGCAUGUUAGUCAACUGCUGUACAGAGUUGCUGAGCCAGCACGUUAAGGUCGGGUGGGGGGUUUUGGAUGGCUGCUGGCUCCUGCGUUGGGCCCUGUUUGCAUAAGACUGAGUGUCUCAAUGUAGAGUUCCUAUUCAAACAAGGUCCACGUGAUUGGAUUUAUGAAUCCAUGAAGGACAUGAAAGUUAUGGUGGGACGGGGCAAGGGGCAAGUCUGACAACACCGGCCUAUCGUCUGGGUCAGCAUCAGUGCUGUGAUCCUGGAGAAGUUGCUCAAUUGGCUGAAAGACAUUAAGGUUAAUUAGAUUAGAGCAAUGAAAACUGUUCAAACAAACCAAGGCUUGAAGCCAGGAACAUUCGCUGUGAAUUUUUUUGGACACAUUGUGUACUGUUUGCUAAUUCUCACACCAGAAGAAGCCGACUGGGGAAGACUGCACCCGAAGAUAGUCUAAGAUGGAAGUUGAAUAAGACUACAGUGUAGGCUUCGGAAUUAUGUGUUUUUAAUACCUUCUUAUCUGUUUGCCAUUUUACCACGGCAUACUACUCUUGUUUCUAAUAGUUUAAGUGAUCAUUUACAAAAAUAAAUACACAUACAGUAUACAUUUCCAUACAUACCGGGACUGAAAUAAGUAUUUAACACAUCGCCAUUUUUCUCAUUAAAUAUAUUUCCAAAGGUGCUAUUGACAUGGUUUCACCAGAUGUUGGGAACAACCCAAGUAAUCCCAAUUUACAAAGAGAGUAGAAGAAAUAAGAUCAGAAAUUAAGUUGUGUGUAAUAAUGUGAAAUGACACAGGGAAAAAGUAUUCAACACAUGAAGAAAGGGAAUAUGGUAUUUAUUUAAUACUUUGUACAAAAGCCUUUGAUUGCAAUGAUGCCUCCCGUAUGGAGAAACUAGUCGCAUGCAUUGCUCUGGUAUGAUUUUGACCCAUUCCCCCACACAAGCAGUCUUCAAAUCUUGAAGGUUCCGUGGGCUUCUUUUAUGGACCUUGAGUUUCAGUUCUUUCCACAGAUUUUCGAUUGGAUUCAAGUCAGGUGAUUGGCUGGGCCAUUCUAGGAGCUUUAUUUUUUUAUUUGAAACCAGUUGAGAGUUUCCUUGGCAGUAUGUUUUGGAUCAUUAUUAUUCUGAUGAAAUGUCCACCCUUGUUUCAUGUUCAUCAUCCUCGUAGAUGUCUUGGUACAUUUGCCCAUUCAUCCUUCCUUUAACAAUGUGAAGUUUAGCAGUGCCAUUUGCUGAAAAGCAGCCCCACACCAUCAUGUUCCCACCUCCGAACUUCACUGUUGGUAUGGUGUUUUUUUUUCUUUUGGUGAUAUGCGGUGCCAUUAAUCCUCCAAACGUGGUGUGCAUUAUGGCAUCCCAACAGUUAAGUUUUGCUCUCAUCCGACCAGACUAUAUUCUCCCAGUAUUUAACUGGCUUGUCCAAAUGUUGUUCAGCACACUUUAAACCAGCUUUGACAUGCUUUUUUUCAGCAAUUGGGUCUUGCGCGGUGGCCGUAUAGUUAUGGUUUGCAACAACUAGCUUGCGAUGGUCUAGAGACAGCUCUCUGCUCUUACCCAUCAUGAGAUGUGUCUUGACUCACACCUUGGCAAUCAGACCUUUUUGUAGGCCAUCAAUUAGGACUGAACCAGCACUGACGAGGGGCUGGAUUGCUGUUUGAUUAUUGAUAGAUUUUAGGUGUUGUCUUGGCUUUCGAUGCCUUUGGACCCCCCUUUCUUCAUGUGUUCAGUAGCUUUCCCCUGUGUCAUUUCACAUUUUUACACAACUUAAUUUAUUUGCAUAUAUAGAUUACUUGGGGUGUUCCCAACAUCUGGUCACAUUUUCAGGUCAAUAGCACCUUUGGAAGUAUAUUUAAUGACAAAAAUGGUAACAUGUUAAGUACUUAUUUCAGCUGCUGUAUAUCCUAAUGCUUGCUUUCCUUCAAAACUAAAUUAUUUCAGAGGGGAAAAUAUUUUAUAUGAAUACAAACUUAUUGAAAUAAACCCUAAGAUUAUCGAAAGGAAAACUGUCUUUAUCUGUAAUUUUCCUCUUUUUGUCAACACCUAGUAAGAAAGAAUGGCUAACUUUAAAAGUAGAUAUUGUAUAUAAUCAAGCUCUUGCAGGAAAUCCUACAAGUUACUUAGGAUUUGUAGUAGAGAAAAUUCCCACCCCACGGCGCCAAAGACAGAACAACAUCUGGGGGCAUGGAGCUGUCACUAAAAACGAAUUAGCCAAUUAGGACGCAACCCUCAUAAAGCCCACCCGUCCGAGA